UAUACAGUGCCAUAUUUUAUACUGACAUGAUUAAGGAGAUUAUUCAUUUGAUGAGUCAUUUUGCUGCAAGGCCAUGCAAUCCAAGGCAUACGUAUUACUGGAAAGAGAAUAUGCUAAACUUCAAGAAACUAGACUCUUUGGCAUUACUUUGUCCCCAGUUAGGGACGAUCUGUUAGAGUGGGUGGCCACAGUUCAGGGAUUGAAAGAUUCCCUCUGGGAAGGUGCUGUCCUUCAGGUUUCCUUGAAGUAUACAGAAGAUUACAACUCAAUCCCUCCAACUGUUACUUUCAAUACAAUUCCUUUUCAUCCCAAUGUGGACACAGUCACAGGCAAGCCAUGUAUAGACUUUCUUGAUAAUCCCAGGAAAUGGAAAGAAGACUUCUCCUUGACGACCAUCCUGCUUACCAUUCAGGUGAUGUUGUCCAAUCCAGUCCUGGAAAAUGCAGUCAAUGUGGAAGCUGUAGAGAUGCUGAGGGAAAACCCAGCACGUUAUCGAGAAAUGAUUUUGGAAUGUGUUAGAACCAGCAGACAGCUUAAUGAAACUGGAGUUAAGUUAGAAGUGGAGAAUUUUCCUGUGACCCAUUUUGAAGACCAAGUUUCCACACCACCUUGCGGGAAGCCACUAACAAUAAAAAGGUUUGCUUUUGAUGACUAUCACAAGGCCUGGUGUGAAAUUGCCACAACAAAAGCAACUGAGAGCUGCAAAGAUCCAAUGCCAGUGCCCUAUCCUCAUCUUAAAGCACUGUACCAUGGACUGGAAAAGGAGGAUUUACAGGAAGAGAUUAAAGAACAGAAUAAAGAGUUCAAUUAUAUAAUGUAUGGAGCAUUUAAGAAAGGAAGGAAAGCUCAAGUGACAUUGGACAAGAAACUCGCCCGAAUCAACCGCAUGAAGAAUUGCUACAUUAUGGAUAAACCCUUAGAAGCUUCAACUUCAGUAACCCAGAAUCUGCCAACAAGCAGCAAGCCAAUGCAACCCAACAGCAAUACUCAAGAUGAGGAAUUGAGGGACAAGGAAGUAGACAGUUUAGUUGGCUGGACAGCUCAGCUCGAUUUAGGAGAGCUGGAAAAAGAUUAAGGAAAAGAAUCCCGAUAUUCAACUCUUUCAUGGCCUAUAAACCUGUCACUAACUUAAUUUGGAAGAUUUGAUGUUCCCUUCAAUACUGCAAAAACUGUAUGUUCCUAAAAUAAUAUUCAAAUGUCUCUAUUCUGAAACAUAUCUUUAUUAUUUCCAGACUGUGAAAUAAAUGUUAUUGAUGUUAUCGAAUACUUUUAAAGGAAACGAUUCUUGGAUUGCAAGUAUAAUUUCUGCUUGUUUAUUUUUUCAUGGCUGAUGACACCUCCCAUCUAAUGUUGCUCAAAGUAACUCUAGACCUUACAAUAUCCAUUAAAAUUGAUGAUAUUAAAAUUGAUGAUGUGAAAGGGACUGGGAUUACAUAUCCUCUCAAUCUUCGAUUUUUCCAGUGAAAGUAUUUCAGUUCACAUCUUUUGUGCCUCAACUUGUAGACUUAAUAUCUAAAUGAAUCGUAAAGACAAAAUACUGAAAUGCUGGAAUAUUGUUUAUAAUUACUGUAUUUAUUACAAAGUCCAGAAAGUUCAAUUCCUGUACCCAGAUAUUACCAUGGAAAUUUCUCUUACCUUCUACCUUAAAUUUCAUACAUUUAGUCUUAUAUCUUGGCUUCUUGUUCUUGAAACCCCAACUGCUGGAAACAAUUUAUUUCUGUAGACCUGUCCCUUCCUUUCAUCAUAAAUGUGAAAUUUUACUCAUAGUCAUCUUUCAUUCUGGAUUAUACUUAAUUAAGCCAUCCAUUUUUGAAUCCAGUGAAGGUGGAUAAUGAAGCAAGGAUAAUGAAGCAGAGAUCUUCCCUUGAGCUGUCAAAGAAUGGUUACCAAAGUUUUCCUCUACUGCAAUCAGUGUAUUUUUUUGGGUACCAUACCUCAGGGAAGAUCUGUUAGUUUAGAAGUGUGCAUCACAGAUUCACCAGCAUAAUAUUAGAGAUUAAAAGGUUAUUUCAUAAAGUCAGGUCAUUUGAAUUUGGGUUAUAUUUCCUUGAGUGAUGAGCGGUGGGUAAUCGCAUUAUAGUCUUUAGUCAAAGGGAUUCAGUAGGGUAAGAAACUGGUUCUUCUGGAGGAGAAUCCAAACCAAGAGGACACAUCUUAUAAUUAGAUACAGGCAAUUUAGGUGUGAAAGCAGGAAGUACAUUCUGACACAAGUGGAAAUCUAGAUCUCUUGUCUCAAAAAGACUUUUGAAGCUGAAUCAAUUGAGAUUUUUAGAACUGAGAUUUUUUUUAAUAGAAAUAUUAAGGGAUGUGGAACAAAUAUGUGUAAGUGGAACUGAGCCCUGAUUGAACUGAAUGGAACCAAUGAAGCCAAACAUCCAUUUUUUCAUGGCUCAUCAGCUUAAUGCUACCAAUGCAGCCAGUGAUCCCUUUUUACAAUAGCAUCAACAUUCAGUGUCACCCUUUUUCUCCCUUCACAGAUGCUGCCUGACCUACUGAGUAUUUCCAGCCUUUUCAAUUUAUAUUUCAGAUUUCCAGUAUGCGCAGUAUUUUGCUUUUGACUUGCCAAAAUAAAUGUUGCUUUGCAGUAAUCUACAAUAUGUUGUUACAAAACCCACCAAAGGAAAAAAAAGUACAGGAAAAUGUAAGUAAAUGUGGAGAAACCAAAAGGCAUGUCUUUAGGGUCCUCCGUCUACCUGUUAUAUCUAGAGCUGGGAUUUAAUAACUCCAUAGCAUAUUUUGAAAGAGAUGUUACUGUGCAUUUGAAAUCUAUUGUGUGCCUGUUAGGGAACACAUGCCUAUUUUCAGUGUUCUCAGCACAUAAAAUGCUAACUUCAAAUCACACACUCUUUACUUUCUAUGAUGUUAAUUAGCUUUCUGAAAAUCUAAACCUUUAUCAAGGAACAGAAGUUUUUAUUUUCAUUUUCAUUUUCAGAAAUGCAUAAACAAUCACUGAGAUGCCUAGCUCAAAUUGUUAAAAGGACAUUGUUUAUGGAUAUAUUUGAGAUACACACUUUGGGACUUGCUGCAGAUAGAAUUUAUGUUUUGGUAUUUCAAAUCAUGGUACACCAGCAGAAUUGUAGAUUGUGUUUCUGCUGAGUGUACAGAUCUGCUACCCUCAAUUUUUUGCCAGUUACCUUAAAUCCGUCUUCUCUGGUUACUGACCUAUUGCCACAAGAAACUAUUUCUCAAUCAAUGCCCUUUAUUAUUUUAAACACCUUUAUUAAAUCAACCCUUAAUUUCCUCUACUUUAAGGAGAAGAACACAGCUUUUCUCAUCUUCCCACUCAACUGAAGUUGCACAAUGCUAAUAUCAUUAUAGUGUGGCUAGAGGAAUUCAUAAUGUAAAAAGUUGGCGGGAUGUCAGCAUAAAUCAUAGAAUGGUGUGACUCAGAAGGAGGCCAUGCAGCCAUCAGGUGGCUGUCUGCCUGAGAAAUUCAUCUACUUCCAUUCCACCAACUUUGCUCUGCAACCCUGCACAUUCUUCCCAUCCAGGUAAUGAUUCCAUACCUCUUGAAUGAACCUACUUCUGGCAGAUUCUCUGGUAGUGCAUAAAAGAGUUUUUCCUUACGUUGCAAUUGCUUCUUAUCAUACUCUUCAAUGCGUUACAGUACGAAUAUUGUCUUGAAGGUUCCAGUUUCAGUUCCUCACUGUCAGCAUUCAUGGCACCAAACCUCAGCAAGAAUCAGCACCUUAAGUGAGAAAAUAAAUAAAUGAGGAAAUAUAUACAGGGGGUCCCUGACUUAAGAACACUCAUACCAAAAACGCAGUCCCAAACUGGUGUGUAAUUUUAAAGGAUUGAUAUAUGAAUGUUUGUUGUACUUAUGAAUGGCUAUUUUAUAUUGUCCUGCUAUGUGUUCCAACUUGUGUACAAAUCGACUUGCUAAGACUCAAGAGCGGAAUCUGUUUGCAACCCAGGGACUGUC